AUGCCGCGCGUGAGGCUUCGAAACGACGUUGGAAGCGGAUUUUCGGGGGUAUUUCACCGAUUUUUAGGCGAAGAAUCUUGCACAAAAUACCACGCUCACGUUUUUGUUCAUACCUUCUUAAGGUAAUGUGAUUUUCAAACAACCCUUUGUGAUGAAAACAUUUUUAAGUUACGCAUUCCUGCAUGCGACUCGAAAAACUCUUUCUACUGUGAAGCCUUCCCUCGUCUAUUUGUGGACGCAUAAUAGUACCACAAGUGCGGCGAUUUUCCCCACCGAACAAGCAGCGACAGAAUUUCUGGGUGCUUUAGACACUGGUUUUAUGAUUGCAUAUGCUUUGGUGAGAUUUCGACAAAUCUCGGUAGUAGUUGAACGUUUUAGGGACUUUUCGUGAGUGGAGUUUUGGGUGACAGGUACAAUCCGACUAUUAUUUUGUCCGUUGGAAUGAUGAUGUCAUCCUUGACGGUAGGUUGAUUAUUGAUUUUCUUUAUUUCGUCUUUAAUCCUAGAAAAAAAGUCCUUUCUGUGGUUGUUCAAAGACUCAGAAGUCUUGCACUACCUGAAAAAAGAGUAAAAGGGCAGCUUUCCUCGAAACUUCGACCAAAUUUAGAUUUUCCCUUUAGAAGUGUAUCAAGUUGCUAUGAAGAGACCAAUGCUUUUUUUUUUCCAAUUUACUCGAAUUAUUUUCAGGUGUUCGCCUUCGGCUAUCUCACAGAAACUUUCAAAGUCUAUUCUGCUCCGAUCUAUGCCUUUUUGUGGAUUUUAAAUGGAUUGAUACAGUCGACCGCUUGGCCCACUGAGGUUAGAUAGGCAGAACGCUCUUGAAAAAUCACAAAGCCAAAAAAAACUGAAUCAUCUAGAAGUAUGUUAAUUCAAAAAGAAAAGAAAAAUUGAUUUGAAACGCAAUAUACUUCAAAAUGAUAUGCAUACUGUUUUAGUGCAAUUUUGGGGCGCUAAUAGAAACUUUUUUCUGUACUGAAACUUCCGUUUCCCUUUUAAAUGAACCAUGAAAGUUUUUAAUAAAUUUUUCUGGUAUCAUUAUUCAAAUACAUUUUUGAAAAAGUCCUCAAAGAUUUUUUUUCCCAAAAAAAGUUUCUUCUAAAAUUCCCCUUGCAGUCAAAAUUUCUUAAAAGAUGAUAAAUCUUCAAGGUGAGCAUAAUGGGCAACUGGUUCGGACACAGUACCCGCGGUACAGUCAUGGGAAUCUGGUCUUCCUGUGCCAGCGUUGGAAAUAUUAUCGGGACUAUUGUCGCGAGUCAUUCCGUGGAGUAUGGCUACCAGGUUUCAAGAAUUUUUAGGUCUUUACCGAUUUUUUUCAGUACGCUUUCGCUCUCAACUGUGCCAUUUUGUUCAUUUAUUCGUUCGUCGUGGUUAUUUUCCUACCGGCAGCUCCCCGAUCUUUAGGUGGGGAGGAAAAAAUAUUUGAAAUUUCAUCAAUUUUUAUUGCUUACGCUACCUCUCUGACGGCGGUUUGUUAAUUUUUUCUACUCUUUCAUUGUUAUACAAACUAGUCCUUUUCUGCUUGAGAACCAGGUUUUUUAAUUAGUUUUUGCGAAGCACGAACAAGACUGAACAAUUUUUUAACUUUUUUUUUUUAAACGUUUGAUCUCAGUUAACGCUAGUAUUUGUAUCCUGGACUCCAACAGAAUAUAACAUUAAGGAUUGCCGGAGAUUGAGGAUGACUUUGAAGAAAUAAUUGAAACCGAACGUCCCCCGCCACUUGGUUUCUUCAGAGCCUGGCUUCUUCCAGGCGUUUUGGCGGUGUGUUUUGCUAUCUCAAUCAAUCAAACGUACUAAAAAAACAUCAUAAACGUUUUUUAGUAUUCCCUGGCUUACGCAUGCCUCAAACUCGUCAACUAUGGAUUUUUCUUCUGGCUUCCCUAUUAUCUCCACACGUUUAUUUUUAGGUUAUGAGGCUUAUUUUUAGAAAAUAUCUUUAGAGCCCUCCAUUGGCCUGAAUCUUACGCCGAUAGUCUUUCCACCUGGUACGAUGUCGGAGGAAUCAUCGCCGCGAUUGUCGCUGGAGCCAUUUCGGUGAAUUUGGGGUUUUCAGAAGCUCAAGUUUUUUUUUGUUAUAGAAAACCUUACCAUUCAUGAGAAAGAUAGGUGAAGAGCUAAUCUAGCCGAUGUAUGAUGGGAAAGGGUGAAAAAUUAUUAAAUUUAGGCGUUUUCACUAGAAAAAUAUCUUAUUACAACCUUCUGUUAAUUUUUAAAUGAUGUCACUUUCAGUGUCUUUUUUUGAAGUUUAGAUUGUCAUUACAAGGUUUCUAAAGACUUUUUUUUCAAAGAAAAAACCCUCCAAAAAGUUGUUUAAAAUGUUCCUCUCUUUCAUUUUCAUUCUAACUAAAAGAACGAUUUUGAAGGAUCGGAUGUCUUCGCGAACUCCAAUCGUUUUUGGAAUGUUGAUGUGUUCUACAGUUGCCCUGUACAUCUAUGCGCGUAAGUGAUCAUUUAAUCAGUUAUUUUAUUUCUCAAAAACUUUUUUUUGAAACCUUUUUCUUUACUUUAGGUUGAGACCUAAUAGUGAAGAAAUCAGUCAUUUUUUCGUAUGUAACUUUUUUUUUGAAGAUUCCCCGUCGAGUUAUGCCUGGAACGCUUUUCUUCUCAUCGUCGCUGGCUUUUUCAUCGGAGGCCCGGCGAAUAUGAUUUCCAGUUCUGUCACUGCUGAUCUUGGUUUUCAAUCAUUAGAUUUAAAUAAUGACAGCUAAUUUUUUAAGGAAAAUGCCGAGAAGUUCGAGGAAGCGCCGAGGCUCUGUCCACCGUCACAGGAAUCAUCGAUGGUUGGAUUUUUUAGGAAAAGUGUUUAAAAUAUAAUAUAAUGUCUAGGUACUGGUAGCAGUGGAGCGGCCAUUGGUCAGUGGUUCAUUCCUUCGAUUCAGCUCUGGUUCGGCUGGGGCGCCGUUUUUUAUGGAUUCAUUUUGAUGGUUAGUAAAAUUCAAUCCUUUUUAUUAAUCCAAUACGUGGUCUUUGAUUAGCAAAAGGAAAUCACAGUGAGGAAGCUUAUUUGAAAAUUUAACUUCAAAACUCGGGAAAUUUAGAUCUCCAUGGGGCCUAUAUCUACUAAAAAAAUAGAGAAGUCUUGAAAAUAAACGCGGAAAAAUAGUUCGAAAAGGGAGGUUUUCAAUUGAAUUUUUUAUUUUCAAGAUGUUCUGCACUGCGCUUUGCAUCUCGCCUCUGCUGUGGAAGGAACAGUGCGCGAAACGGCGAUCAAUUUCUCACAGAAGGGAAGAAGACGAAGAAGAAGCUCUGCUUCCUGAUGAAACUACGCAACCUGUACGCAGAAGAUCUUCUCAGAGUUAUAUUUAAUCCCUACAUUUUCAUACUUACUUACUUGUUUGUAUAUUCAAGAAAAUGCGUGUUUUCCUCGCCAUUCCUGUCCCCUGAUUGUGAUAUUCUUUUCGAAAUAUAUUUAUUGCAUUAUGUACAAAGCUUAAUAAAGAAUUUUUUUAAAAUGCGUGAUAUAACUGAAAAUUCGUUUCAUAAUUUCAUUGACCUCUAGUUUGGUAUUUGAAAGUUUCGAUGAUUUCGAAAAAGUUGCGAAAAGUGAAAGCAUGAAUCAUAUGACAAUGUCAUCAUAACAAUAAAUCACAAAGUUGCAUUCUACGAGAUCUAUUUUAUAAAUUAUUCUUUUUUUAAAUAUUUAAAAAAAGACAUCAUAUAAAUUUUUUUUUAAUGUUACGGUAGUUGUCUUUGGUGAAUGCGUUUUGACUGACGCGCAAAAUUCCUCUGCACGCCUCGUAUCCUCAUUUUUUUUCCGCAUUCCAGCCAAAUCACAAGCGUUUCCGAUAAUCGCGGUUCAUCACAUCUAGUGCUUUUAAAACAUUCAUUUUUUGAAACUAUACGUGGGAAACUUCAAGUUUUCUGUUUUUAAUGAUUGUUUUAGACACUUCCAGAGCGCGGCAGGAGAAGCUUCCUUUUCUUGUUUGGAGGUCUGACGAGGUUUGUUAUCACUUCUUUACGUGUAAUAAAGUUUAAAAACAGUUUGCUGCUAUGUUCUUGUGAAUUAUGGUAAUAAUGUAUUUUGUUUUUUUCACGGCAUGAAAGACAUCAAAAGAGAUAAAAAUUAAAUUUUGGCGUUGUUAAAAAUAUAGCGAAGAAAUUUUUUUUAAAAAUUAUGUAUUGAUAUUUUUUAACGAUUAAUAUCUUAAGUCACAAAAGUUAAUUUAAUUGUAUUUUUCAAGUUGCUCGACUGGGUUAUUCAAAAAAAUUCCCGUUGACUUUUCUUCUUUGAAUGAAGAAAAAGUUUUCAUCAAUUAAUUGAGAUUUAAAUCUGCGAAUUGUUCCAAAGACGCGACCACUUUCAACAAAGGUCAAAAAUUGUUCUUUUAAACUUAGUUUCAAAGUUUUUUUAUAAAUUGUUUUUCACAUUUUGCGUGAAACUUACAAACAAAUGUUUACAUACUAGUUGAUAAUGAGAAUAAAAAUAAAAAACGACUGACCAUGUUUGAAAAAGUUGAGGAUUCAUUUUCGCGACUCCUACAUUCCACAAGCUUAGCUGGUAUUUAUGUUUAAAAAAAUGAAAAAUUGCUACUAAUUCUCAAGAAUUGAAUCGAGAAAUUACGAUAAACAAAUUAUGCGAUGGAAGAAGAAUUUUUAUAUAAAUCUUUUUUUUCCUUUUUUCGCGAAGAAAAUUACAAAAAAAGCUGUAUUUCCAUGGCAGGAGGAAGUUUCUAAUGAUCAUUGCAUUAGAAAAAGUCGCGAAAAAAAUGUUCAAAAAAAGGAAAAAAAUUACACCGAAGUUUGCAAAUUCGUUUUUUUCUAAAUUCAUUUUAUCAAACAAAUUUUGAUAUAGUUUCUUUUUUUACGAAAAAAAUUUUUCAAGCCAAAGUUUAAUACUUUCGUUCAAAAAUCGAAAAAAACGAAAUGAAUUGAUAUUCUUUCAGAUGACAGCUGAUGUCAGGACGUUUGUCAUUCCGAAACUCAAAAAGGAAGCGAAGGAUCUCAGAAGGUAGAAAGAAAAAAAGUUCUGAAAAAUGUGGUAAAAGUCUGCAAAAAAAAAAAAAAAUCAAUUUCUCCAUACCAAAAAAAAAUUUAAAGUUCUGAAUUUUAUAAUAUUCAGGAUCUUCCGCUCCUGCCAAGGGUCUCGACAGUUUCAUUUUGAAACGCGACGACGAAGAUUUUCGAAAAAUUUGUGACGUUUUGGAGAAGAGUUUCGCCGACAAAGAACUCUACAAAGUUCUCAAUGUUCUGUCGAUAAAGAGAUAUAAGAACAAAUAUCUCGAGUGGAAGGUUUCCAUGAGAAACCUAUUUCUUUUAACUUCGGCGGUUUUCAGUUUGAUAAUUUCAAAAAAGUUGUGAGAAGUUCUGGACAAAACGACGUAGAACAUUGGGCUUUCCGUGAGAUUUUGUCGGAUAAAGAGGUACUUGGAAAGUUUUCGUAGAGUUUUUUAGUGUUUCAACGUUUUCUGGAGCUUUUAAAGGUACAGGCGACAAUUUAUUUGAAUAGGAGCAAAAAAAUAAGAUUACUUCUUUAUUUAUUUUUUUCCUUUUAUAGAAGACAAUUUUGAGAAAAAAACCUCGUUUUCAUUUUUUUAAUAAAAAAACUUCUACAAUAAAAAAAUUCAUGAUAAAGGAUAAAAAAAUUAUUCCAAAAAAAUUUGGUUUUUUUCUAUACUGUAGUGGUCACGUUUUUCUUGGAAACUAUCGAUUUCUGCUCGUUGAGGCUUUCAAAAUCUUCUUCUAAUACAUUUAAAAAAACCUUUCAGUCAUAUUUUUUUAGAGACUCCUGGAAUCAUAGGAAGCAUUUUUUUAAAUUCUUUAAAACCUUAUUUUUUUUUUUAUUCGAAAGGUCUUGAAGGCGAAAUGUCAAAAUAAAUAAAGUGAAGGCAAGAAUUCUCUGAAAAAUCAGCUGAAAUUUGUCUUGAAAAGGUAUUUCAGUCUUUUUUCCGAAAUUUAUAGAUCCACACCAUAUUAGGGAUUUUAAAAAUAUCAAAAAAGCGUUUCAUUUUUCAGAUCAAAUCCAAAAAAUUACAAUAAUGCGAAAAUCGGGAGGAAAAAACUUUGAUAGAAUAUAUUGCCUUAAGUCAGUCCUAGAUUCACCAUACCUGAAAACGACCUGCGCCUUUAAAAUCUCCAGGAAGCUGUUAUGAACACACUAAAUGUAAUAUUAAAUGAAAUAAAAGUAUUUCUAGGAGUCGUUCAUCGCACAAAAUGGCGUUCUUGUUGGGAGCACAUUUGCCGGAACCCUAGGAGAUUCCAAUAAAGGUCCCUUCUCAUUAAAAACUAAAAUAAACCUAAUUUUUCGCUUCAGGAGUUCUAUUGUACACCAAUCCGGACCUCACAACUGCUUCUUCCUAUUAUCGAUCACUUCCAAUCACUCUGAUGAUUUUCAAGACUGUCAGGUUGGUUUGACUUUUUUUCAUUUCAAUCUCACAUCUCUGAUUCUCUGUUUCUUGCAUUUCUUCUCAGCAUUUUCAUCUCUUGCAAGUUCCGUUUUUCUCAAGUCUCUGAAAUUUUGAAAUUCUACGCUUUCGUGAUUUUUUAUUCUAAUUUCGUUCCUAACAUGAAAAAGUAUGAAUUUUUUUGGCAGUCUGGAUUUCACCUUUAAUCUUCUCAUUUCUUUUUUGAUUUUUCUUUUUUCCACUAUUUUUUGCAUUUUCCCUGUUUAUUUGGAAAUAUUGAAAAUCUCAAUGAUUUUUGCUAUUUUUUCUCUUGAAAAUGUUCUUCCAGCUUACUUUUUUUGUCAUCAUCAGCAAAAUUCAAAUUCUCAACUUUUUCAAACAUUUUUUUCAUUUGCGAUUUUUUCCUUUUUUUUCUAAAAUUUUCAUUUCAAUUUUUUUUUAAACGUUGAGCCAAAACUUUAAAGAUGGAAACUUUUCAAAGAGCAAGAAAGAGAGGCUAGAAACAGCCAAAACCAAGAAAGCCUUUUUUUCUGUGAAAAAUAUUAUUCCUUUCUCUUUUCGGAAAAAUGUGCAGCUCAUUGAAUGAAUCGAAUUUUUUGUUGAUAGGCGUUUUUAGGGCUUAUUUUCUUUCUAAUGCUGGCAUAGCUUCAUUCUUAACUUUUUUUUCUUUGAUUUCUUAACUUUUUUCACUGAUUCUCAUCUUCUUUUAUACCUCAAAUUUCUUAGUUUUGAAUUACUACAUUUUUCUUUCUAAGAUUCUGUUUUAAGUGACAUUUUUUUUCAACUCAAAGAAUCCUUGAGACGAAAUUUUUCAACUGGGAAAAUACAUGAUCUACCAUACACACCCAGUUCACUUUGAUUCACUCCUCAAUUUUCUCUUGCAAACUCGAAAAUUUGAAGAGGCCGAUCCUUGUUGGUCGAUGUAGCCAAAUCGUCGAAAUACGAUUUGACGCCGCAACUGGAAAACUUUUCACAUAUGCCUGUAGGAAGAGAACGGAUGUACUCCCGCGAAACUCCGAGAAGAAUGGCUCAUCAACUUUCCGCGGUUAGUUCUAUCAUUCUGGGGCUGGUUUCAGAACAUUUAUCUAUUUUAGAGUUUCUUCCAAAAAUUAAUAUAUCCUAAUUUGUUAGUUUCAUUGUCACUUUCUCUCAUUCAAGUUUCUAGAUUUCUUAUCUUACCUGAACGGUUCAUUAUUAUUCAUCCUAUUAAAGUAUUUUUUUUAUUUGCUUCAGAGAGUAAUUUAACGUUUCUGUGAAUGUCUCUGGUCUAUUUGAGGAAGUCACUCGAAUGCGAGAGACCAGCAUCGACUUGAAGAGACGCCAGAGAGAGAAAAAAACUCGUUUUUUCUGGCGUCUCUUCAGUCCGACGCUGAUCUCUCGUUUCGGAUUUUCAGACUUAUAAGUUUUUUUCACGAUGUCACACUCUUAAAAGACAUGAAACUUCUUUGGCUUGAUGCAAAAACAAACAUUUCCUCACGUUUUUGCAAUUCGCCUUUCAUAAAAGUAUAAUUAAGACAAAUUUGCCUUUACUGAACCAUUUUUCAACAACCUUCAUGUCUAAAAUUACCAGGUCUAUCACUACGAACAUACCUUGGACGGAGAAAUUGAAUAUGUCCCAGCUGGCGUUUUGCCAUACGCGUUUGUCGAGUUAGAAGUGAAAGACUGGAAACUGAUGAAUCUAGUUGGAAGACCUCCUCCAGCUCUGAGGUUCCGUCAGUCUUCAUCCUCGCAUUCAAAUCAUUCUUUAGCUCUAUUUACUACGACUUCGCCCUCAAGCCAAUGCUCAAGUUCGACUUGAUGAUCCCUGGUUACUCUAUCAAAGAGGCCGACCUUUGCUCCGUUUUCGGACCCGGAUUUCCUCUUAACGGAUUGUUAGUGUUUGAUUCGGAUCAAAAUGCGUUGGUCGCAUGAGGAAUGGCUCAAGGCGAAGUUUUCGGAUAUUUAGUACUUAAGUUCGUUAGGACAAUAUUUUAGAGGUCUCAGAAAAAUCCUCGAAAUAGUUCUGGGAAAAAAUAUUUUCCCCCUUCUUUUAGAGAUGUACGGCAUAAGUUGAAGACUAGAGUAUAGGCUAUUUGCUGAAAAAAAGAAUGAAACACUCAAAAACGAACCGGAGCGCGCACGAACGCAACGCCCUGAGCCAUUCCAAAUGCGACCAUGGCUUUUCAUGGCGCAAAUUUACGGAGGGAAUUUAGUUGCGCCAACACAGUUCGCCUCGUCGACGGGCCUUUUUUCGAUGCGAGCAAAUUCGCAGAGAUUCGUGGCAUCGCCGAGUUGCAGAACAAGUCUUUCGGAGAUUUGGCCUACUUGCCGGAAAUCUUUGUCAGUUUCAAAGAUGUUCGUUUGAAAAAAAAGAUCUUCAGAUAAAAGAUAGACAAGUUUUCGCCGCCUAUUCAGUUUUCAAAAGCUCCAAUCCAGUCUUCACUGAGCUUAUCGCGGAUCUCUACUCGAAUAAUGCGGUUGGUUUGUAUUUUUUUUCGAAGGUUUCGGGAAGUUUCUUAUUGGGACCCAUAGGUUUUUUCAUAAGCAUGCUCCCGAAAUUUCAGAGUAUUUUAUAAAGUUAUGUAUUUUUGAAUAUCUAUGAAUCCAAGGCUUCUAAAUUCUUGUAAAUGUACGAUUUUAAAUCUUCUCAAAGCGUCUAAAAAGCCCCUUUUCUGAAAAUGACCCGAAUGAACUCAUUUUUCUAACUCACCAAGGAAAUUUUUUACCCCAGUAAAGAUAUUGAUAAAACUUGCUGAAAUGUUCCUUCCUUACGGAAUUCACGAAACGAAAGUUCCUUUUAUUCAGUUUUUGAUGCUGGCCGAUCCGACGAGCACGACUCAUCUGGUGCUCCCAUCGGGCCAACUUUCCUCAUCUCUCGGUCUUCCGGCUUCUCGGGAGAUCCUCCAUGUUGUUUCCCUCUCCUCCAUGAGCCAUUUCGCCGGUUCCUUCAGUCUCGAACAUCUCACCGCCUACGAGGACCGCCAAACGUUCGUCACACAGUUUAUGUCAGAAAAGACUGGAAAAUUUCUUUUUUCGCUAUUUUCAUGCGACCUCCUGGUGGAAAGAAAAAAAAAAUUCAUGCUUGCAUUUUUUUAAUGGAUAUUUUGCUGCAAGUCGAUUUUAUGGAGUUUUCAAAUGAAUUGGAAAUAUAAAAUUCUAGUUGAAUGUCCCAUUUCGUUUUCCUCAGGAUAAUAAUUCCCGAAAGUCUCUAAAUAUUAUAUAAAAAGUUCGAAAGAGCAAAAUGACGUCUUCUAAAAAAUUUUCUAGUACUCAAGUCAGUUAGUGAGGAUUUCGAAUUCGAUCAUCGAAUAUUCUAGUUCUUUUCAUCCACCUAGUGAGUCUAAUAAAAAAACCUACCCAAAAAAGUUUCAAAUUUCAUCGAUUCCACGCUUUUCCAGUAUGGAAAGUCGUCGGUUGGUGGCAAAUGAAGAGCUGAUUUGCGUGAGCAUGGAAUUUAUCACGUGUCAUUCGAGAAACGCGGCAGAACAUGCCGACGCAGUUGAGGAGCACUCUCGUGGUACUCCAAUCAAAAUCAAAAAGAGAUUUAAAGUAUUCUUUUAAAGUUAAAAACGAAGAACCAACAAUAUCAGCUCCAGUAGAAGUGAAGAAAUUGGCUCCGAUAGCGUUACCCCUCGCCUCCUCCCAAAGGUUCAGUUCUCAAAAGUUGGAAAAAAAUAUUUACUAAUUCUUUUUUAGGAAACUUGAAGCCUCCACUAGCGCCAGGCGCUGUCCGACCGGUAAGUUUUGAAAGAGUCCAAGAAAAGUUUCAAAAUCCUCGGUUAAAUUGAGAUUUUUUUUGCAGAAACACACACGACGGGUGAACUGGCAUCCUGAAACAGUUUUGGUUAGUUUUGAUACCUCUAGUUGAAAAGAGUGGAAAAGAAAGCGUGUAUUUGAGAAACGCCAGAGAAAGUGAGACUUUCUACUUCUCUAGAGUCUCUUCAUUCUCUCAUUGGAAUUCAGCUGAGCUUGAGAAAAAACACUAUAAGAACUUUCAGAACCAAAAGCGUGAAACGUCGGUUGACCGAGAAAAACGAAAACGAGAAGAGAAAUUGGUGGCGGCUGAAGUGACCCCUGAAGAGGCUCAAGAAUGCAACGCCGUCUUCAAAAGCGCCUUUCAUUCCAGUGGUAAUCGAAUGACUGAUUUUUGAAAAGGAAUGGAAAUGCGAUUUUCCAUGAUCUUCAUGAUGGAGAGAUCGGUCUUUAAAAUGGAAGAAGCAGACAAAAAAGGAAAAUCCGAUUUUCCAUGAUACUCAUAAUGACGAAACGGUUUGAAUAUUGAGAAACAGAAAGCUUUUUUACAUUUUCUUAUUGGAAAACUGUGGGAUCGUUUAAAUAUGAUCCAAACUUUUUUUGAUAGGUAGUCUAGAAGAAAUUGAAAAAAAGGUUGCCAGAAGGAAGAACUCAAAGAUUUUUUUCAGUAAUUAUUUUUUUGAAAAAAACUGCAUGAAGAUUUUACAAUAAGAAAUAUGAGAGAAAAAUUCGCAAAAAAAUAGUUUCAGAGUUUCAAAGGGAGUUUUUUUGGUGAUUAAGAAGUUUUUUUAAAAAAAUCAAAUCUUUUUGAUUUCCUUAUUUAGUUUUUUUCUCACUACAAAAAGUUUUGACUUGAGCAGCAGGUCUCAAAAAUUGAGAAAAAACUUAUAAGCCGACCUGAAAUUUUUGUUUCCCUUCCAGAAUUUUUCUCUGAAUACAACUUUUUAGGAAGCGGCAAAAUCGCCCCGCCGAAAGUGACCUCGACACUGGCUACGAUCCCAAACAAUGUAAUUUCAUUUGAUGACAUUAAAAAUCUCUAUCCUUGUUAGUACAUAUUUCAUGUUAUUUUGUCUUGACGCACUACUUUUCAACUUUCUUUCACUUUUUUUUUCACCGUGUUUUCUGUACUUCCAGCGAUCUCAAAUCACCCCUGAGCAUGUUGAUAGCUAGCAUAUAUGGGCGGAAAAAUUUUAUAUUCUGAAAUUUUUGACAGUUUUUCAGCAAAAAAUUUAUAGUUUCGAAAUUUUAUAAAAAGUUUAUUUUCCACUUGGACCUGCCCAUGUAUGACUUGCUGGCGUUUCUGUGUUUUUUUUUUGUUGUUUAUAUUCACUCACUGUGGAUUUCUCCUCUUUGUUUUCUAGAGACGCUAGAAGAAUUGAAUUCAACCCUCUUUUUCCCAUCAAACUAAUAAAAGGAAGCUUUUUCAGCAAUACUAUUGCGAAAUAGUCUUAUUCUUCUAUUAUUGGUUGAUUGCCGUUUUUAGAGCUUAUUUACGCAUGCACAGUUUUAUAGUUCAUUCAACACUUGCUUGCCUAUAGACAGAACUUCUAGAAAUGACAAGAAAAUAACGUUCCUGCAAGCGAAUGCUGAAUGAACUAUAUUUUUUUAUAAUUUCAGUUGACACUAACUUUAUAUUUCAUCAAGUUUUGAGAUCUGAACCUAGGAUUUCAGGGCCAGGAAGCUGUGAGCCGAGAAAAUGCGGCCCCCACGACGACUUACGUCAAAUUCAGCGAAAUCGCUUCAUUGCCACUUCCUCCAACUGUUAGUUUCGUAGAAAAAAUAAACUCGGAAAAAGCAAUUUUCAGGCCAACCGCGAACAGCGACACGCUGAAAUCUUGGCCGGGGUGAAUAUUCCUGAAGCCCUUCUGAUGAAAAAAUUAUUGGAAGAAAAAUGGAGAACGUGUUUCUGAAAAAUAAAAUGAUGGGAAAGAGAUAGAGAAAGAAAAUCUCAAUUUUAGCUUUCAGCUUUUGGUGUGUUCGAAGGAGCAUAAGUCGAAAAAAAUUUGAAAAUUUUAUGGAGUAGACGCUAGUCACUAGAACUUUUCCUCGUGUUGACUUAGACUUUUCUGAAUUUUUAACUUUGAGAAAACCUUAGAAAGAUCUUAUAAGUUCACUAGGCUCUGAAUUACAAGGCUCGAAAAAAAAAAUCUAUAAAACAUACUGAAAAAAAUUAUCUUCCACUCUAUUCUGAUUUAGUAUCUUUCUCGUUGAUGGCUCAGGCCAAAGAUACCACGAAACGAAAGAGGAAUUGAAAUAUUUUAUCGAGUUAGAAAAGUUUGCAAGUAUUCCUAACAGUUUUUGAGAAACUAAUUCAAAAAAUUUGCGUAUUGUAUGCUCAUGAUUCAAUUGAUAUUUGAAAUCUAUAACUGAUUCAAGGCUGACUUGGGCCAUCAAAAAAUGGGUCGUGGGACGUCCUGAGACGAUGAUAAAAUUGAUAGUGCCUGGCCGGUGGAGAGCGCAGGCAGGCCACGCCCCAUUAGCGUCCCAAGCUAGUUCAUUGAAACGCUAAUCACAAACUCUUGAAAAAGUGAAAGUUCACCAAGUUAACGAAACGAUGACGAUGCAAGGAACUCCUACGGAAGAUUGGCAAAAAAGAAAAUACAUAAAUAAAAUCCACUCAAAAACAGUUACAAAGCACAAAAUCAAGUUGUCAACCGGAUGGAGCUUUUUUUCAGAUCUUCUAUCAAGAAGAGGACGUCGCCAUGGACAUCGACACGGAAGAUUCUGAAGAAGUUUUGGCUGGAGAGAAAAAUGAACUAGUGAGCUAAUUUGAGAUGUAAACGAAAAAAUUUCUGCUUUGGAACAAAAAAGUUUGGAAUAUAUUUUUUGUAGGUAAGGUAUCAUCUUGUUUUGUUAUUUUUUGAAGAUCAGUAUGUGGUCCAGUAGAGUUUAGUUUUUUUCUAGUAUAGUAAGUUUUGCAAAGUAGAUUUCUCUACGACCUCCUUUUUCUCGACGUCUCUCUCAUUUUGACUUGCUAUUUUCAUGUUUCUCUGACCUCGCUGGUGAGGGAACAUAGAGACGCAGACAUUCGAAAACUGUCACGGCGGACUUACUUUACUCAAACAAAUUAGAAGAGGGCAAUUUAAUAGCCAAAAAACAUUUUUGCUUUACUAACUUCUCCAAAAAGGGUUUUUUCUAUAAUUUUUCAUUGUUUUGAAUUUGUUUGCUCUAUUUUAUCCUUUUAAAAAAAGAUCUCUAAAUUCCGAGUUAUCAAAUAAAAAAAUCAUAAUGAUUUGAAGUAUUUAGGAAAAAGUGUUGAAAAAUUUAAAAAAAUACAACAAAAUUUCAGGCGAAAAAACCGGUCAUUGGGGAAGAAGAUCAACCUCAAGAGAUUCCAACUGGUUAUUUUGCCAAUUAAUCUUCAGAAUUUCAAGAUUUAAUUUCAGAAAACCCCGCGGUGGCUGCAGAGGAAGAAAAAAUAGAAGAGGUAGGAAAUAUUGCGAGUUCAAGCUUCAUUCUCAAAUUAAGGAGGACGGAGAUGACCUUCUGAGUUUCUGCCUUUCCUCUUCACGGCCAGCUCCUCCGGUGGUUGUUGAUCCGGUCAAGGUGAGGAUAGAGCUGGUUCACGGCUGGCUUGAGCCAUCGAAAAAUGGUCUUGACACGAUAAGAAAUGAGAUAGCAUCUGGUUUGUGGAGAGCGCAGAUAGGCCACGCCCUUUAGCCUUCCAAGCUAGCUUCUAGUUCGAAUGAUGAACGUUCAUGGUUUAUCAAAUAGAAAAUGUUCAGAACGCUUCAUUCCCUUUGGUCAAGGAAGACCCGCCAAAAACUGUCGUUCCAACUCUUCCAACCAACCUAGUAGCUGUUCCUGGCGUCUCAGAAAUACUGUAACUAUCCACCAAAAAAAUCAUUAAUUUUCAUGUUGUUCUUAGAAAAAACAUUUCGGGAUCGCAAAUCAAGAGUUUGACCGAGUCUAUAUCGGCGGUACGAAGGAACCGAUUUGAUGUUGGCGGCACGGCUCCGCCGGCUGUAGUCCCUCCUCCUGGUGAGUUAUUUUUACAAGGGAAGUCCAAAAAGACAGUUUCUGAGAAUUCGCUUAAAGUUCGUUGGAAUAUACUCCAAAAGGUCCUGUAUCGAGAUCUCAAUGUUUUUUUUUUCGGUUUCUGUCUUUGAGUCAGUUUUCCCCGAUGGAAAGAAUCGGUCUUCUCUGAGCCCUCUUUGUCUCUCGGCAACCCUCUCCGGCUGUUGUGUUAUUUUCAUGUAUUCUGACCUCUCCAGUGAGAAAACAGAGAGACGUAGACACUCAAAACAUUUAAAUCUUUAAAUCGUGUCGGACGGACUUUAUGAGCCUUAAAAGACGCCGAAAACUUUGAUUUCCUUUUUUUUUUUUAAAUGAACGAGCUUCGGAACUUCAUAGCUUGAGUGAAAGCAGAAAAACGGAAUCGAGAUUAAGAUUCAGAGUUUUGCAUAGUACAUCCUAGCAAAUUCUCAGAAUGUAUCAUUUUUGAACUUUUUCUCGUUAGGCUUAAAAAAAUUAUAAGAAUAAAAAAAUUUUUAGGACAAGUCGGCUCCAAAGACGUUGAUCUCAGGCUUUUGCCCAAAGCUGCUAUAGUCGUGGUUUGCUUUCUUCUGUUUUAAGGAGAGAAAAAAAUCUACUUUUCCAGCCACCCAUGCCGAUAGCCUUCUCGGUGGCCAAAAUGGCACCUGUGAAAAAAAUUGAACCUGUCCGAAGUGUGAUCUUUAACCAAGAGGAAGAAGAAGAAGAAGAAGUUGGGAAUAAGUCGGGAGUUAAGAAGGACAGAGAUUACCGUAGGGAGAGGUGAGUAAUUUGGACUAGGAAUCGUCUUAACUCACAAUGAGGCUUAUGAAUAAGUCCAGAAUCAUAAGAUGCAGUUUUUACACUGAUUUCGAAUAUUAGCUAGAUGUGUCCUCGGACCUUUUUUUUACAGCUUCAGUUGGAAAAUUAAAUGCUUUUUUUUUCAGUUUUCAAACGAUAAGAAAUCUUUCACUGAAGGUCCAAAAUGUCCCAAAUGUCUCGGAGACCAAUAGUUCACUAGUCUUCGUUGAAAGGUAGAGAACAUCUUGAAAAAUAAGACAAUUUUAUGAAACUUACCAAAGGUCCCAAAUGUCCCAACUAUCUCGGAGCUUCAGCUUACACAUUUUCCAUUUUCUUUCGAAAGAGAAUCUUCGAGCCGAGGCAUGAUUUAUUUCAAAAAGGGUCAUAAGGUUACAGUGAGAAAGCAUGUACUAUGUAGUUGAAUACGUUUUUCUCCCAAAAUUUUGAGAUCCUACUAUUUUUUUUUUCACUGAUUUUCCGCUAAUUGAGCGUAGAACCGGAUUCAGCUUAAAAACUGCAUCUAGAGAAUCUCGUCAGCAUUGUGAGUCGCAACGAAUCUUCAGAUUUUCUGAAACUUCUUUAUGUUUUUUUUUUCAGGACAGCUCCUGUCCCUAAGGAGGACAACGGGAAGAAUAAAAAACCAGUAAAACUGGAUGUGGUUCGUUUCGAAUCUUCUUGAGCUGCAAUUUUGCGAAUUUUCUAGGCCGACAUUCCGAUGCCGCCACCCGUUCGGCAGAUCAAAACCCAACGGCUUCAUAACACUCUGCAAAGUUCUCAGUUUUUCGAAGACAGCCCUCAAAAUGUUGAUUUUGCAGCUGUUUGGAAAGCGAAAGGGUUCAGUAUACCUCCGAAUGUCGCGCCUUCCUUGUCUCAAGCUUCGACUUCUUUUAUCGUUUCAGACUCUCCAGCUUCUCCUGAGAAGCAGCCUGUGCGUUAUAGAUUUAUUUUUUUGAGUGUUUGAAGUUACCUUGGUGUCGAAAAGCAUGCCUCAAAGCGUUGCGGUCGCGAAGCGGCCACGUAAAAACCACACAAUUUUCUAGAGCUUUCAUUUUUUCAGCGCUCGGCUACCCUAUACUGGGCUAUAACUCCAUUAGAAAAGAAGUUUUCGUCUAAAAAGUUAGGCUGAUUCUUGAAAUCAAGAUCACAGAACAUUGAGAUAUAACGAUUUUGUUUCAAAUUUAUCUCUCGCAGCAAGUCAAAAAAUGGCCAUUUUUGAGACAGCCGUAGAAAGAAUCUCAAUUUUUUUGUGACUUUUCAUCUCAUUUGAAAAAGAAAAAAUGUAUAAUUUUAUUAUUUAUAGAAAAAAAUUAGACAGGAAUUGACCUAAAAAAACGCAAGUUUGCGAUUCCAAGGCGUUAAAAAUCGAUUGAACUAGAUUAUACGAUUCAAAUUGCUAAUACAGGUUCCUGAAGUGGAAGAAAUAGCCGAACUUGAAGAGCCAGAUGAUCUGAUUCUAACGAGCUCUUCUAUGGUCGAAAAACGAAUCCCGACAGAAGGGGUUGGUUGAAAAACUUGAUUUCGUUAAUUAGUUUUCAAUUGAAGUCUUCGGAUUGGGAGGCUCGUGUUCAAGUGGAACCGACUUCGAAGCGGCCGCCUUCCGUAGAGUUGCCCAGUACCAGUGCGAUAGUCCAGGUUAGAAAAUCUUACGGAAAAAGUUCGAAACGUCUGAAAAACAAAAAAAUAAUACUGAGACAAAAAGGCUAUUAAAAAGGUGUCCAUGACUGUUAAACGUCAGGUCGAAACACCUUUCAAAAAUAUUUCAAAAACACCUAGAAUUGAACACAAAAGAUACAGACGAAAAAAGCCUUGAAAAAAAGGAAAUUAAAGCCUGUUAAAGUGCGCUCCAUCGCCAAAUUUUGCUACGAAUUGUGUUUGCUUUCAAAAUUACUUGUUAUAUCAAAAUUGAGAAAAUAUAGUGAAAAUUCAGACCAUCAUCCCAACCGCCGCCAUCGACGAGGAAGAGGAAGGAGAAAUAAUCAGCGACGACGAAGAUCCACAGAUUAUCAAAGAAGUAGCUCCAGUCUCUGCAACGACGUCAUCAGAAGAGCCGAAUCCCAUGGCAAAUGGAGCUGUCGGACCUCUCAUGGACAAGGACGAUAGACAGCUCCCGCCUGGCCUCGUCAUUGCUCAAGCAAAAGUUUGAAAUAAUUCAAAAAUUCACAUAAAAUAGCUGAUAUGACAAAAGGGCUGCGAAAAAUGAACUAGCGGCAGAAUUGCGCUCUAUCGAUAAAUGACGCCGUUUCCCCCUUUUAAAUUUUGAUUAUAGCAAGUAUUUGCCGAUGGGUUACAAUAUUUUCGUAGCUUUCCCUUGGCACAAUUUUGGUCAUUUACUUUAAGAAGUUAUUAUUUAUUAGGAGCUGAAUCGAAUGGGCUCACAACUGCCUCCACCUCCAGCCAGGACUUUUGGUGCGUUCUCGUCGAUGGUCCCCUCGUCGGUUCAUCGGCCCUACGCAAGUGCCCCGCCCCCUCGGCCGGUGAACGGAGUCCCUCCGGUGCCGGGCUAUCCAGCUCCGGCUCAUACGGGUUUUGGAGCCUAUGCGCCGGUCAAUCCUCAAGGUCAUCUAUCGAACGAUUUUUCAGAUUUUCUUUGAGUAGAGAAAAGACUGGAACCUUGAAAAUUUGGUCGCACAUUUUUCUCUUGAAUGUUAGUUAGAUGAAAAAUAAAAAUUCACAGAGAGCCAGUAAAUCAAAAGUUCACGCUUUAAAGGUUUUUCCAGAAAAUGAAAGGAGUCUUCAUAGAGGCUAGUGAUCACUGGAGGGAUCAGAUUGAACCCUUAGGGUGAACGAAAUAUUAAAAUGGAGUUUUUGAAAAUUAACUCGACCCUUUUCAAAAAGUGAUCACUUCAUGGCUAUAUGUAGAGGAUUUAAUUGAAAAAAUCGCUUGAUAGCAACCUUUGAAGAUUUUUCGAGUAGAUUGAGAAAAAAAAUCCGGUCUAGAAGCAGGCUAGAAGCUAUUUAUUAGAUCUUCUGAUGAAGUUCAAAAUUUCAGCUUUUGCUGCGCGACAGCCGACUGCACUGCGCGGUAUCAACAUCGUAGCCGACAACCUUUUGUUCAAUCCAGCUGUGAUGUACGUUUUUCUUCAGUUCACAAAUCAAAAUCUCAAUUCCAGGGAUGUUUCGAAGUUGGAAGCGUUGUUCCGAAAAAUGGAGGCUCUGAAAGCUGGGACAAGGCGGCAGAUUUCUCUCCUGCUCCAUGCUAAUCUACAAGAGAGUUUGAAGAAAAGGUUCGUGUGAAGAGAGAAAAACGUUCAUCAAAUAACUUGAGAAAAGAUGGUCCUGUCAGGAUUUAAAAAAAGAUAGUUCCUCUUAGGUCGCGCCCCUUCGAGUCCGUAGCUAGCUUUAAUCGGGUAUAUUUUGCCUUCAAAGAGUUAAAUUCCUCGAAAUUUUGGAGGACGUUCCUUGAAAAUAUUCAUAUCAUUCAUUUGGAAAAUGUCUAUCGGAAAUUUUUCCAGUGCUGACGCAGUACGGCGUGGCUACGCCGCAGUUCUAGAAAAUCCCAAGAACAAAGAAUUCGUCCGACUUUUACCCAAACACGACUGCGAUUUCGGGGACAAACGAGCGACGGUUUCUAUCUCAAAUGUUUCAUUUUUUUGAAUUUUACUGUUCAGAAUAUGGUUAUGUGCUUGUCAGUGUUGGUUCGCACCAAUAGAAACGCUCCGAUCGACAUCAUCUAUCUAUCAAGUAAGUAUUCAGAAAAUAUUUUCUAAGAAUGUAAAGUUUGCUCUGAUGAACACUUUCUUUGAUUGGCUCUCUAACACCUUUUGGAAAAAUUAUUUUCAUACAGAAUUUUCUUACAAAGAUCAGCUUCUUCCACAGAAUUACAAGAAAAUUUUCUGCUGCAUCUAAAUUUAUGCCAAGGGCUCAAUAUCCUAAAUCCAACCUAAUUCAAUAUUUGAAAAACCUCGAGUUAAUCAUUUACCAGAUAUGAGCUCCGCAGCUCAAACGGGCGCACAAAUAACUGGUCUCGGUGUGAAAAUGAUGAGACUCAAUGACUUUUUACAGUCAUAA